AUGAAGUUGUUGAAGAUACAUUUGAGGUACCACCCGCCAGGGAUCAUCUUGGAAUACACGCAGAAAGGGGAGGUGAAGAAUAAGGAAAUUGACCUUCUAGAUCUUGAUUCAAACACAGACUUACAAGAAUUAGCCAAAUCCUUGCAACAGAAGGAACCUUUACUAACAGAGGAGGUUAAAGGGCAAUUGGAGCAAUGUCUGGACACCCUCAAGAAGAGGAUAGAGCACGAAGGUCCAGCAGGGAAGAGGUUCUACAUCUACAAGACGCUGAUGACCCACGUGCUUCCCCUCACCAAUGUGGCUUUUGAUAAGAGUGGACAAAGGUGUAUAACAGGCAGCUACGAUCGGACCUGCAAGGUGUGGGAUGUCGAGCUGGGCAAGGAGAUCAAGUCCCUGGAUGGGCAUCAGAACGUCGUCUACUCCGUCGCCUUCAACUUCCCACAAUGCACCCGCGUGGUAACCGGCUCGUUCGACAAGACCGGCAAGAUCUGGGACGUGGAGAGUGGAGAGUGCAUGUGCACUUUGUGGGGCCACACGGGGGAGGUGGUGGCCGCACAGUUCAGCACCAAGGGGGACUACGCCGCCACCGGGGCCAUGGACAACACCGCCAAGCUGUUUGACUCUAGGACUGGCACUGAAAUCCAGAACUUCAUCGGCCAUACAGCUGAAGUGAUCGCUGUACAGUUUGACCCAAAUGAGGGUCAGAGGCUGAUCACCGGCUCCUUCGACGGAACUAUCUCUAUUUGGGACACCAGGCUUAAGGACCGUGUGUCAGUACUACGUGGGCAUGAGGGCGAGAUAUCCAACGUGCAGUUCAACUGGGACAGCUCCCUGGUGGGUUCCUCGUCCCUGGACGGCAGUGCUAAGCUGUGGGACGCGCGCCAGAGCUCCUGUCUUGCCACUGUUGCUGGUCACACUGAUGAGGUGCUGGACAUCUGCUUCGACUGGGCCGGGCAGCGAAUGGCUACGUCAUCCAGCGACUGCUCAGCGCGCAUCUACGACGUCAAGUCGGACUUCAAGGAGCUCGCCACCAUGAAGGGCCAUCGGGAAGAAGUCAGCAAGGUAUGCUUCAGCCCCGCUGGAGGCUGCCUCCUCACCGCAUCAGCUGACAGGAGCGCCAGGAUAUGGAACACAGGCACUGGGAAUUGCGUGCAGGUGCUAUCCGGACACCAGGGAGAGAUCUUCUCCUGCGCAUACUCAUACGCGGGCGACGCGAUAAUCACGGCCUCCAAAGACAACACUUGCAGGAUCUGGAGGUGA